AUGGUGCGGCUUCGGAAUAUAGGAUUACUGCUUACCGUAGUGUUACAGUUACAGGUAUGUCUUACUUUUAUAUCUUUAUCAAUUUGGUUUUAUAAUGUAAAUCUAGAGGUAUUAGUCACAAAUUAGAACACGUUGAAAACUUUUUUUUAUUUUCGAUUCAAAUAUUGGUUAUGUUAAGUCAAAACAUACUAUAACUUAAUGUCAGAUCAAUACUGCAUUAUAAUAUGUUUCUUUUAAUACAUGACAAUCUUUUUCGAACACUAAAACAAUAUUAAGAUCCCCUUUUCCGUUCGAAAAGGUUACAAUGCCAUUUGCACGUCUUUAACGUUACUUGGAAGCGGUUUAUGAGUAGUCUUGAACCUUUUUACACUUGAUGUGGCGCCCUCUUCUGUCUGAUAGGGGCUGACUUCUCUCCGUUUACAACAUCGAGAGUAAUGGUCAACAAACCAACAAAAAACAGUGACUUGUAGAAAGGUGUUAAAGACUAAUUGGGGAUGGGUGCUGUCAGCAAAAACACAACAACAUAUCAAUAACAAUCUUGUAGGUAUAGUGUAGUCAUGACUAGAUCUGCAUGAAUAUGGUCGUGUAGAGCUAUUGAAAGCAUAUAGACCUUCAAAGCAAGAAAAAAUACAGGUGUAUAGGUAAUGAGUGGGGCAUAAAGCUUAGUGAUCAUAUAGGUAUAGGAGUUAUGCAGAUUUUUAAAGUUUCUACGUACUUUUUGACCCUGAUAAAGUAUUAAAUUGUCAGAUGCUGUAGCAGAUAUUACCCUAGACAUGCACGCACUACAAGAAGAAAUGAAUCACAUAUUGUAGUUCAUAUCCGCUUCGAAUCAAACUUGUAGUUGACAAACACGUCGCUUACCAAACAAUAUUGCCGCCGGGGGAACGGCAAGUUAAAGUAGAACACCCAGCUCAUCCAUCAUCCUGUUAUCACAGCUAUAACAACAUCGGGUUUAUCUCCUUUUUGCGCCGUUUUGAGGUUACCGAGGUGCGAGGAACGGCGAGAAACCAAGAGUAAAGCAUAUCGAGUAACAAGGCAAGGUUACUCGAGGUACUGUAUUGUUUUCGCGCAAUUCUUGCAAAGUUGUGACCUUAAUUUUUCGAAAGUGUGAAAAAUAUUGGUAUUUGUCCCAUUUUUGGCAUUAAAAUGAUAAUUUUAGGUAUCAAAUCAACCGUUUUAAGACUUUUUUCCUAAAAAUAUCUAAAAGAUUUUGAACGCAAUACCUAAAAACAACCCUUUUUGCACAAAACAAGGUUUAAAGUUGUGUUUUUGAAAGUAACAGUUUCAUUAAUCGUUCUGCAAAGGGUUUAACACCCGUUUUGCGAUAUUUAUCAGCAGCGUUCUCUCACCGUUACAAGGUUACGCGCGGUUCAAACAAUUAGAAACAUAAACAAUUGGGUCACACAACGAUUAUCCCACUGACCUCCAGCUCCCACCAAUAUUUUGCCACCGACCUCGACCGCACGUGGCACGGCGAUCCGACUCCGAAGGUAAUGGGGCUGAAACGAGGGAACGACCACAUGAAUGACGAGGGUUUGCUAGGUUAAUAUUCACAUUAAUAGGGUAACGAGGAGAGGAGUAUUUUCAUAUGAAAGUAGUUGCUAUAAGUUAAAGAUAGCUAGCAAAAAGGAGAGGCUGUGAUAUAACACCAACUACUAUAAUAUAGAUCUUUAGUACAAUCAGAUGACGCUCAAUUAAAAUCCGAUAAAAGUAAACCAAAGAUCAUGUAAGCAAAAUGCAAUAAGUAUAAUAUCCUCUACAGCCUUAAGAACAUAAAAACAGAACAUUACCAUAAAGAUCCAAAUCACUCUCACAGACCUUAACCUACUACAAUAUAAACUUUCAGAUCGCCCAUUCAAUAGUGCACUUUUUCUCCCGAAAUGACCUAAAGUACACUUUCGGAGUCAACCACCAUCUAGAAGUACCAGAACACACACAAUUGUACCCCAAACUGGUACGAAACCAAGAUGGCAGACCCAUAACACUAGAAGUUGACAUUAACGACAAACACUAUUCACUGAAUCUAGACUCUGUCACGAAUCAACUGGUCGCUGAUCGAGCGACAAUAGUCAGCCGAGAAGAUCAGCGUGGUGGAGGAAAGUUGGAGUUUGCCACCAGUAACGAGGAUUGCCACUAUCACCAUGAAGGUAACCACACGAUGGCAGCUGUUUCAACGUGUGAUGGAGUUUUGGUAAGAUCUUAAAAAUAGAUAAGAUUUUUGAAUAUAUAACAAGAAAACAGGUAUCAAACUUUGAGAAAUUAUAUUUAACUCACCAAAAGUAUAAUUUGAAAAGUUUUGGAACCCUUAACCUCGCACAAACUACAAUAAUAUACAACAUAAUAGCUAAUCGAACGCUUUUUAUUGUAAGUUCCAAAAACAAUUAAAGUUAGUCUGAACCACACAGUUUCUGUCGUAAAUUACAUGUGUGCAGAGUAAAAAAAAGAUUUCAUCAAGUCGAUAACGGAUGUUUUGAAACUUCAAUCAAUUGUUGAAGCCCGUUCCACAAAAUAAAAUUUUAUUUUUGAGAUUUUACUUUGGCCAAAGCUUGGUAAUAUCCGCAUAUUUUAUGGAAAAAAAGUUAAAUUUCAAUAAAUUACUGUGUAAAUAACAAUAACAACAAAAGAUUUAUUGUUUUCAACACUAAACUGUUUCAAAAAUGUCUAAAAUAAUAUAAAAAGCAAUGUUUUAAAAUAAAUUAUUACCUAAAUUGAUCUUUAAAUGUCUUUUUCAGAAAGGAACGAUCCUAACUGAAGAUGGAAUCUUCGUCAUCCACCCGAUCCCGGAGAAGCACAUGAACCGAAUCAAGCGAUCUUCAGACGGGAUGGGCGUCCACAUCAUCUACAAACGUUCCGUGGACAGCGAUGAGUUCUGCGGUCUAGACAACACCAUCACCAGUGAAGAGCUACUUGACGAUGAAGCCGGAGUCAAUGAAGAUGUGUUUGUGACUGGUCAACGGCUCGUUCAAGACGGUCAAGAACUUGUUGUUGAACUCGCCAUCUUCGUCGAUGAACUCCUGUGGAGACACUUCAACAGUCAGUACGGUGGAGCGGCGUGGCAGAAGCUACAACAAUAUGCGGUCACGAUGUUGAACAACAUCCAGAUCAUGUACAAACAGCCGAGUGCCGUGCCUCGCCUCAACUUCAGAAUUGUCAGGUACGAAGUGUUCAAGACCCAACCGAGUGCCAUGGCCCCUCACCUUCACAGUAAUGGUCAUGCUCAGAUGUAUUUGGACAGGUUCUGUAAGUAUCAGAGGAGUUUGGGAGUACGAGACUGGGACCACGCUCUUCUAUUGACUGGCUACGACAUUCACCGUGGUACCGGGAGUAGGUCUAUCUCUGGCAUUGCUCGUCUUGAUGGUAUGUGUGACCCAUGGAAUACAUGUACAUUGGCUGAAGGACUUGACUUUACAUCAGCCUUUAUUGGUACUCACGAGUUGGGACACAGUGUGGGAAUGAGGCACGACGAGCCUUACUGUGCCUCUACCUUCAUCAUGAGCUCAUCCUUGGGCCCUGGAAAGGUCACGUGGUCGACUUGUUCGUUGAGAGAUUACCAUACCUUCUUACAGCGGUUAGAGUGAGUUAUUUAAAUUGAUAAUUAUAUGUUAUAGUAGGUGUUUGUUUAUCCGAAUCACUGUAUAUCCUGUCUCGUAUUUUACAAUUUCAAAAUUAUUUUUUAAUCUUCAGUGCCCGAGGAAAGAACUGUCUUCGUACGUCGUAUAUGCCUGAGAAAGUACCACUAAGUGAUGCCAUUAAGCCUGGCCAAUUGUACGAUGCCAAUACUCAGUGUAUGUUGAUGCACGGUCCUGGCUACAUUCAAGUUCGGCCGAAGCAAGAUCACUACGAUGGCAUCUGCUACAUGAUGUGGUGUGGGUUGGGUCAGUUCGGUCGUAUCAUAACAUCACAUCCGGCUUUGGAAGGAACGUUCUGUGGUCCCAACAAGUGGUGCCAACUUGGCCGCUGUGUCCCAUGGACUCCGACUGCCCCAUCGGCUACUGUUGCACCUUCUAUUCCUGCUCCUGUGCCUUCGGUAUGUUGAAGUUUAUGUUCUUUAUAUUGUGAAGUUGUUUUAGGAACUAGAUUUACUGUACAGUAACUUCCGGUUUUUUACUACCGUCAUCGGUUAGGGUUGAUCUAUUUUUAAUUAUUUUAAUUUCUCUAAUAGGCUCUAGUAAUGUCUUUUGUUAUCCACCUUAUAGUAAAUUCUAUACCUAAUCAUUGUUAUUUCCAGAGAGUGGAUGGCCAAUGGUCUGGCUGGAGUGGACUGGCUUGUUCACAAUGUAGUUGUAGUGACAUUGUUGGUGCUAUUGGUGUAACUUCGAGUACCCGAACUUGUACUAAUCCUGCACCAAGUAACGGUGGGUCGGAAUGUACUGGAUCCAAGUAUCGUGCUGUUGUGUGCAACAAGAACUGUCGUCCUCAAACGUUGUCCGUUAACCAGGUAAGUUGUUUUAAAUUGUUAUGUAGCUUCAAGAAGUGUUUUUCAUUUUCAAUUUCAUUUGGUACAUUAAAAUAACGAUUGUCGGUACCUUUUUCUUACCCAAACCGUCCCCAUAACCCCGUAUAUCCUCCACGAAAAACAAUUUAUCAAGCAAAUAACGAUCGUUAUCAUUCAGUAACAGGAAAUUCAAAUGUGAUUGAUGGUCAAUUUGAUUUCAGUAUAUUACAAACAAAUGCAGCGAACAUAAACGAAUCAAGAACGACCCCGAGUUGACCGGUACAGGCAGCCAGUUGACGCGCCAUCCCCAACGUGCGUGUAAAGUAAGUGCACCAGAGUUGUAAAACAGUUGCAAAGAGAGUAGAAGGAACGGUAAUUAAACGGUUUCCGGUCAAACAAACCUUGAAGCAGCUUAAUUCAAUCUAACUAUGUUUAGGUCAUUAUCACAAACUUUUAAAGAUAAAAAAUGAAAAUGACUUCCACGGUCAUUAAUUUAACAACUACCUUGAAAGCCAUUAGACAUUUACAACAUUCAGAAUCAGGUUCAGACAGCAAAAUCUAUGGUCAAAUCGAAGGUCACAUUAAUCUUGGCCCUGCCACGAAAACCUGUUUUUAAGACAAUUCCUUCUUAGGACAGUAGAAAUACUUUAAUAUUCAAUUUUAUAUUAUGGAAAGUUACAAAAUCAAUCAAUGUUAAAAAUAGGUAUAACAUAAACGAACAAUUAAUCUUUGGUCCCGCCACGAAAACGUGAAUAAUCUAAAAUUUGCUUUAAAACUAUGCAAACGACGAAAUUUAUGGUUUUAUUGCCCAUUUUUGAAUCAAAACAGCUAUUAAGACGACGUUUUUCAAUCCAAACUUGUAAAAGCAAUGUAAUUUGUUGACACAUUGAUGUAUAACAUGACAAAACAUUCCCAAACCUGUUUCCGAUAUUGUAAUUCCAUCUUUCAGGUGUUCUGCGACGUCAAAAACACGGUCGGAGGGCAACGGAACUACCGCUUCUACGGCGACAACCUCCCCGAUGGUACCCCCUGUGGCUGGGACCGGUACUGUCUGAAUGGAGAAUGUCUCGUAAGUCGAUACUUUUGGAAAGAUUGCCUCAAGCAAGUUAACCCGGCUUUCUGGCCUCCGGCUUUUAAACGCUCUAACAUUCGUCGCAGUCCGAGUAAGGUAACGAGCAGUGGUAAGGUAACAAAAACUGCGAGUAGAAGAAGGAAGACUUUGAGUAAGCUACAGAAAAGUGACGGUAAAGGUGACAAAAGAGACAGUAAACGAAAUAACAGUGACAUUAACCAUUACAAAACUACAAAACCUGGUAAAACAGAAGAAAAGAAGUCAGAAGUGGCCAAACAGACGAAGUCAUCAAAACUAAAAGUACAUUCUGUGAAUCACUCGGUGGCCAUGAAGCCUCGACCUACCACAACAUCAAUGCCCUUGACUCAACAAGGCAAGAGGCAGAUGAUAGACAAGCUUGUGCUCAUGUUCAAGUCUCGUCCUCUGUUACCUGAAGUAGUACAACAUCGACGCUAUCUGUGGGCGAGGAUGAUGCAUCUGCCUAAUCCUGAAGCCGAGUUCGCUUCUGUUUGAUUUUGCUUUCUCUUCGUGCUUCAAAUUGCUUUAUAUUUGUGUCUAAACUUGCUUUAACAAUUUUCUUUGAUUUUUUAGUCAAAAAUUCAGUAGAAUUAAUUUAUUUUUAAAAAGAAUCUAUGAAAAACAAAACCUUAUUAUUUUUCCACGCACUUUUUGACCGACCAACAAAAACUGCUACAUAAUCGAUUCUUGUUUCAGAAAAGUUUCGAGUAAUCUCUGCUUCAAAUUAACCUUAAUUUAGAUGGCCCCUUCCCUCCGAGGGGCCAUUCGUCUGUCUACGGGUCUCGCGAUGUCUUUCAAGGCCGAACUGUCGGCUGUUCAGUACCUUAACUAACUAAUAAAGUAGCCUUGUUAACGUUCCUUGUGUGUGCAAUUAACUGCAGCUUUAACCUUUGCAAUAAAUUUUUAAUUUUGUGUGAUAAGUGUAAAGUGUUAACUGUUUCUUAUUGAUGACAUGUAGUUUUUGACCGAUUUUGUGUGCUCUUCAUAAUUAUUAAAGUUUUUGUUUACUAAUCUGUGUUGUUGUAUUAUUCAUUACAGUAUGUGCUACUUUUCUGCUUAAAAUUGUGUUUGUAUCAUUAACAAAGUUUCGCCAAUGGGUCAAGAAUACCCCUAAUACUGCAAAAAGAAACAAACAGUAUAAAACCAUAAAUGCAAAGAAAAACAGCUUAAAAUGCCCCUAACACAACGUCUAGGAACCUAAGAUGUUCUUAUAAAACAUUACACCUCAAUAACCAAAUCUUGCCUAAAUUAAAAAUCAAUAUUCUCAGGACCUGACCUGUGAUGCCCAAGUCCUUCUACCUCGAGAUGUUGGCUGUCCAUCAGCGGCCGAACGAUGUCCUCUGAAUGCAGCACCACCUGCCCCAACCACAGCCCAAGGCACGUGGGGCGUUUGGUCUUUGUGGUCGAGUUGUACCGUAUCUUGUGGAGGUGGAGGUUUCCAGAUACGAUCUCGAACAUGUAGUAUUCUGAAUAAGUGUGAAGGUCAAGCUACGGAACGAAUUGCUUGUGGACAACAAGCAUGUCCAGUACCAACUUCUAAUGAGCCAGCUUGGACUGACUGGACUAGCUGGAACCAGUGUUCGGUUAGUUGUGGCAGAGGGUCUCAGGCACGGUACCGUCGAUGUCAGACACCGCAGACAACCAUCGCUUUCUCGUGUCCAGGUAAGGCUUAUUGAAACUAUUAGGUUGUUCAAAAAGUAAUGAGCCACUAAUACUUUGAGAAUACAAUUCUGUAUGUUAUACAACAUUUCAAUGUAAAUUCAGAAUAUGGUAUUGAAAUCACGCUUUCUUUCAAUUUCAAAGUAUAACAACAUUAAUCAUAGUACCUUUUCACAGUCAAACCUCGUAAAAGUCAGCCUUUUAAUCACUUUUGUGGGCAUAGUUAGUCUUGUACACCUUAAUUUUCUACAAUUCCAUUUCACACUAAUUAGGGAAACUGUUACUGCUUAAAGAUUAGUUUUUGUAGACUUUUCUCGUUAUUCGAGAAGACGUUCGUAUUAGGUUUUGUAACCUUCCGUCGAAAACUUUAAACUCAUUACACUCCGCCAUGAGUAAUAUUCGGUUCGGUUUGGUUAUUAAUAAGCUAAACUGUUAAAAUAAAGUAUACAAGCGAAUAGCAGAGGUAAUAUCAUCUAGUAUAACAUAGAGAAACAUGUUGCGUUAAAACUAAAUCAACAUUGUAAUAAACUUUAUGCAUAAAAAAGAAUGACAGUCAUUUUAAUAACAAGAAGAAAACUAAUAGAAUAUCAAAGAAAGUAACUCCCUAAUAACACCAUAUUACAGGUCAAACAAUGGAUAUCCGUAACUGUGAAGAGUUACCAUGUUCUGGCCGACCUGCAAAUGGCAUUGGCCUCUGGGCCAAUUGGCAAGAAUGGGGCACCUGUUCAGCUACUUGUGGUCCUGGUACUCAAACCAGACAACGAUUUUGUACAAGGGUAAGUCUUACACUUAUAUUUUUUUUUAAUUCUACACUUUGAUCAAUAAAGUAAUUUUACAAUAUACAUAAGGACCAUAGCUCACAGUUCCUGUAAUAAUGAACAUAAUAUAACGUGUAGAAGAAACACAAAACUUAUAAGCAAUAUAUACCUCUACAACAUCUACUUCAGGAACCUUGUGAUGGAUCUGGAACCCAAAGAAUGGCAUGUAAUCAAAGAGAAUGUGGUGGUAAUUGGACACAAUGGAGUUUAUGGUCGGAGUGCUCCAGGCUUUGUGGCAGAGGAGUUAGGACUAGAACUAGGUAGUGUAAUAUCAUCAGCAGAAGCUUAUGAUACCCAAAGAUUCUCGUAUUGAAUCUAUAUUCACAGUUUAUAACAAAUUAACCUCCUUUUCAGAGCCUGCCCCAGCAACAGUUGUACUGGCCCAGCGUCAGAACAAGGUUUUUGUAAUGACUUUGCCUGCCAAGCCGGUGUGGCUAGUGGGCAAUGGAGCGGCUGGUCCGAGUGGGGUGUGUGUUCAGUAAGUUGCGGUGCUGGAGUCAGACGCCGAACACGCCAUUGUCAGAGUGGCAACUGUCCAGGAGACUUCAGACAUCAAGAACUGUGUAACGAGGGGUCGUGCCAGACCACCAACGCCAACUGGGGAGGUGAGAAAAGGCGGCGCAAACAAGGGGUUUCUAGUUCUGAUUCUCGUCUGUCUAACUCUUUAGUCCAAGGGCCAAGAGCUCGGUCAGGUCAGUCCAAUCUGAAGCAACGAGACUUUGUUGGUGCUGUGAAACAAGCUCAGCAUGAUGUUCAGCCGGCUCCGCAGCCAUUACCACGACCACAAGCUCAACCACAACAGGUUCCUCAACAAAUGCCACAGCAGCGACCACAAAUCGCUCAAGCACAGCAACAACAACAACCGGUUGUGCCACAAGCUCAGCAAGUUAUGCGACAACAAAUAGUACAACAGCAGCAACCUGUCCAGCAAAUACCUCAACAAAGAGUACAACAACCAAUGCAACCAGUGCAACAAAUCCGUCAACCAAUCCAACCAACUGUUCAGCAACAGUUGCAACCUCAAUUCAAUCAACCUAGAUUCCAGAACAGAAUCGCACAGCCACAAUUCCAGCAACCACAGCAACAAUUCCAGCAACCAAUGCAACAACAGUUCAUACAACCAAGAGUGCAACAGUUUCAGCAACCGGUGCAACAGUUCCAACAACCCGUGCAACAGAGGUUUAUCCAGCCACAAGUACAACGAUUCCAGCAACCUGUGCAACAAAUAUACCAACCGCAAUUCCAGCAACCGGUUCAGCAAUUCCAGCAACCAGUGUAUCAACCACAGUACCAACAACAGUUCUACCAGCCGGCUUUUGGUUAACCUUGGACUCUUACUUGUUGUUACAGUAGUCUCCUUAGGUUGUUACAGUAAUCCUUCUAGGUUGUGGAUCUUAUAGUUAAUUUACAUUAAUCUAUGCCAAAGUUACAGUAAUCUCUCCUAAAGUAACGUUUUCGCAUUUCUAACUAAAAUUAACAUUUUCCCAUUCUGCACCAACGGUACCACUUUGUUUCUGUUUUCAGUGGUACCGCACGCAUCUUGUAGGUAUCUAAUCCGGGCUAUGGUGGCAGUGGUAGUACGAUGUGUUGUUAUUAACCUCUCUUUCAGGUUGGGGCUACUGGUCGGCCUGCUCGGAGACCUGUGGCCAAGGCGUCCGCCGACGAAUCCGCAAAUGUUAUGGCUUCGGAGCGUGCGCGGGCACCGAGUUCGAGCGUGAUGUAUGUACGCAACGUGCCUGUUAA